UUGUGAAGCAGCUUCUCUCUGCUUCUCCUCUCUCAGCCGCACAUACACCGGCUUUCCUUCUCCGUUUCCUGAGCUGCCAAGAGCCAACGCAGCGGCGGAGGGGCUCACUCGCUACAACUCCUCCUGCACCAUGCUGCCCUGGAGAAGGAAUAAGUUUGUUCUGGUGGAGGAUGAGGCCAAGAGUAAACCCAAGAGCCUGGGGACUGGGCUGACCUACCACUCCAUCCUCUCCUCUCUUCUGCGCUCAUGUCCGGACUUGCUGCCCGACUGUCCCUUCGACUGGGUAGGCAACAUCUUCCAUACCAAACGGCAAAAGGUGGAACUGAACAAAGAGGAGCCUGUUUACAACGUGCGCUACCUGGGGAGCGUGGUCACCAUCACGGCAAAGGGAGACGGCUGCACCCAGGAGGCAGUGGCCAAGAUCUGGGCGAGGAGCAACUACGGGGAUCAGAGUGUCAAGAUGAGGUUAACAGUGGGACCGCAAGGGAUCCGUAUGAGUGCUGACAAAUCUGGGAAGAAGAAACCCAUCCAUCUUUACUCUCUGAACAGAAUCACCUACUGCGGUGCUGACCCGUGCCGGCCCAAGAUCCUGGCUUGGAUCUACAGACACCAGGUCAAGAACAUGGCCGUGGUGCUCCGGUGUCACGCCGUCCUGGUCAGCAAGUCUGAAAAGGCCCAGGCCAUCGCCCACAGCCUCUACCAGAACGCCACCUCCGCCUUCAGUGAGUUCAAGCGGCUGAAGCGUCAGAGCGAUUUCCGGCACUGCCAGCAGCAGCUGCUGGGUGAGGAAGCUGUGCCCCUGAUGCCGCUGAGGAGGCUGCUGAACGGUCAGUGCCACUACAGACCACCUGCAGACAACCCGGGGAGUGCCACCCGACUCUGCUCCAUCACAGAGGAAGAAGAAGAAGAAGAGGAUGAGGACAGCAGAGACGAGAAACAGGAGAUGAAGGAGGACGUAGAGGAGCAGCAGGAGAAACAGGUUUUCACAACAAAAACAGACCCGACUCAGUUAUUAUCGGAGUUAGACAUCGGGGAUAUUGCCAGACUGGAGCAGUGCCAAAUCAACUUUGUCAGUGACAGCAACAACAACACGUUUACAUUUAUAACCUCUCUGGUGUGACAGUAAUGCAGUUUAAAGAAUGCGAUUCUGCAACACUACAGUAACACAUUCCUCUCGUUGCCCUUCACUGGUAUCCCACUCAGGCUCCCUCCUUCCCCGUCCAUGUAAUGUGAAGUGUUUACCAGAAACUUCUCCUACUACCGGGUGGUGGAGAAAAGGCGGAGGAUCGUUCUGUGGGAGUAAUUUCAAUGCCGGCCAGAUGGCUCUGAUGCUGGUUUGACUGUAGCAGUUUGAGAAACUGCGUGUUUACAAAGAGGGCUGGUGAUGCACAGACUAACCAUAGCACAAUGACGAACGAGGACAAUGGUUUGAGACAAACAGGAGGGCGCUGACGCUGAGAUCACUGGGUCACAUAUUGAUCACAGCACCAAGCAGGAUUUGUUUAUUAGUCCUCUGUCUUCUUAUUUUUGUGAGUAUUAUUAAUGCAGUGUUUGCCAGCAGGGACAUUUUUUGGAUCGACUUGUAAUAUUUUUUCAGGGAGGUUCUUUGUAAAUUUGUGUAAUUUUUCUAAUGAGACAAUCUUAAAUGAAACUCUUCACAGACUGACCUUUCCGAGUGCUUACAAUCGCGAGAAGAAGUUUAUUACAGUUUUAGUAAUGACCACGGCCAACUAAUGAAUAAGGCUAUAAUUUAGGAAGCAAGCCAUUGUGUCGACAUGUUUAUUGCUCUCAUUUGUUACGGUCCUUGUCAUUUAUGCAUGACAUGUCAGCAGUAACCUUUUCAUGCUGAGCUUUUGUCUUUUUUCCAUGUGACAUAUUUGAAAUGAACACUGUGAUGAAUGUGUGGCUGAGGAUAAAAUACACAAUGCAGCAAUGUAUAAUUUAUGAAAUGCGAUUUUCCCAUAUACCAAUUGCAGUGUCACCUUAUUUGCCAAAAAACAAAACAAAAACCAGAUAUAAUUUGCUAUCUCUUUGCUCUUUUUAGAAAAGUUUUGCUAGUGCAGUUUUUCCAUAUGAGCCCUUGCAAAAAUGCAGAUGGACCCUUACAAUUUAACACAAACUGUUUUGAAUAUGACUAAUUUCCUGUUCGUAAUAUCUGUACUACCGUCUCUAGAGAUGCAUUGUGAUUAUUAUGAGAUGAAGCUAUUUAUAUUUUCCAAAUAUGAUGAAUAAAAAUUACCCUCACUUGGGUUUCCUUCUUGAAUCACGGAGCGAGGGUAUUUCUAGAUGUUUGCUCAGAGAUUAUUCAAAUUAAUCCAACAAUUUUGCAUUCCACUAGUGUGCAUUUGCAUAUUCCUGAUGCGAAAAAUAUGUCUGACCUACACUUCAAAGAGAAAAAAACAACAACGUAUUAACACCAGCAUAAUCUGCUUCCUGAGCUAUAAAACAGCAGGAAAGAGAUGAUUUUUGCCACAACUCUAAAGUGCCAGUCAGUCCCAUUAGAUGUUAAUGUGGUUGGAUAAAUUUCUGCAGGCCUUGUGCUGGCUUCUCAGCCUUUUUACUCUGAGGGGAGCAAUUAAUCAGCGGAUUGAAUUGUUCAGGAAAUGAACAUAAAGCACCUGCCUCUGCAGGACGGCUGUCAGGCUCUGACAGAAGCGAGUGAUCCAAAACGGGGGCCGGGAAGUUGACUCACCCAUCAACCAUUUUACUGCAAACAUCAGCCAUUUUAGUGAUGACAGAGUCUUUAAAAUCUUUUACUGGAAUCCCACAUUUAUAACCAAAGCAUGUUUGAGUUCUGGUGUUUUAUAAUCCUCAGCAUCUGUCUUUGAACACUUAGUUAGUUUUAAUAUAUUCUAUAUUAUAGCAUCACAAUAUAACAUUCCAAUGUGAUAAAUAUAUUAAUACUCUGAAAUGAUUGAAGCCAAACUGCUCAUAAAUUCAGUUUAAUUGUCUUAUAUAACAACUUCAAAAGCUGUUUGAUUUGACAGUCCUCAUUAAGGAUUCUGCUUUUGAAGAGGAAUAGGUGCUCUGAUGAUGUAUCAGAAAACAGAAUCAUUUUGAGGUGGUUUACAUUACUGAGAUGGAUUGUUCUUAAGGGAUACUUUCAGCUGGAACCUUUAAAGAUCAAUAUUUUUCUUUUACGGGAAUAAGCUACCCCCGAAAAACAACAGGAUCUAAUGUCAGAGGAUAGAUAAUAAAGGAUUCCAGUGUCCUUGCCACAAAUCCUCUCAUAGCAAGGAUAACUGCACAUUGUGAAUACUAAGUGAAACCAUAUUUUAUUGCUUUAUUAUAUUUCCCUGCGAUUUAAUCUCCAGCCAGAUCGACAGGCUCCUGCUCUGCAUAUCUAAAGGCAUAUACACGCACAGUGUACGAGGUGAUAAAGUCAUGCUGUUUGCUCACUGACAUUCAUGCAGAUGCAUUGCAUCCAACAUUGCCAGUGCU